AUGGAUCUUAAGCCUGGAAUGAAUCGAGAAUGUCCCAAGAGUUCCAAAACGUUAACAACAAGUCCCCUAGAUCUCACCAAGCAGGCUUCCGACACGAAGGUGAAAUGCGAGAUUUGCAACAAAAGCCCGUCUGCCUUACGCACACACAUGGCAAACGAGCGACCCAAAUGUGACAUUGCCCCCCAGAUGUGUUUCUCCACUACAAAUAUAACGAAUAAUACUAAACCCGACCACAGCACGGAGGAACGAUCCCGUUUUCCAUGCACGUCUCCUGGUUGUGAGAAAACCUACCUGAACAAGCAACACGUUUCACGCCACGUGAAAAUUGAUCAUGCCGAGAAUCCGGUCCGAUUUCCGUGCACCCUUUGCGGGAAAAAAUUCAAAAGGCGGGAUCAGCUUAAGAGUCACGUCCCCAUCCACACGACUGAGAAGCCUCAUAAGUGUGCCACUUGUGGAAUGAGUUUCAGACAUCUCGGAAAUUUGAAGAGUCACGAGAAAGCUUUUAGCGGUUAA